AUGGAAGUUGUUCGAAUAACACACCAAGAUUUGGUUGAUAUAUCCAAAACUGAUCGACCAGGUCAACAAAAAAACAAUGCAAAUCAAUCUGCAGAAGGUAUUGCUGCCAGAGAAAGAGAGAAGAAGAGAAGAGAAAGACGUGAGAGGAGACCUGACAUGCAAAUUUACCAACCUGCAUUCAGAAGACAAGGCAAGGAUCGGGACAUAGAAAAUGAAGAUCUCCAGAGCGAUGGAACGGAACCUGACGAGGUCAAACCUCUCACCCGGGAGUUGGAUAAAGCCAGUCUGAAUGAUACAAGUCAGUCUCCAGCCGCAAGGAGACGAAGAAGAAGACCUGAUGUUCAGAUUUAUGUCCCAAAACCUAAGAUAGAAAAUGAUCAUCUGAAAUCUGAUCAGGCUGUUGACAGUGACCCAGGCGUUGAGGAAGAGUCUCUCCCUAUCACUCCGCCACGGCGGGUGGAUGUUGUUCCGAAUGCUGGGAUGCUUGUAACGGUUAUGAACGAUAAGACAGAUACCAAUGGUAGUGACUCGCAGUUAACUACACAGAGAAAUCCUCCCCAGUCUCCUAGUCGUAAAUGCACAUCUCCUUCAAAGUCCAAGCGUUAUUCGCAGAGGGGGUGUCGGGACAGAACUUAUAGUGGGGGGAGUGAUGCUCCGAGUCAACAAGAAGAUAUUAGUGACAACCCAACUAUUGACUGGGCAGAGGAGGUGGAUCAAGAAUUUGGUUCAGCCAAUGCAAAUGAUGCUGGAGUGAGUGGUCAUGUAGCAGAUGAAAAAACUCUGUCUCGAGAUGAGCGUAGGCGUCGACCAGAAAGAGGUGGUAAAGGACACAGAGGAGAUUCUCAAAGGGUUGAGCGAGAAACCAUAGCAAAAUCUGAUGUGCAAGUGGAAGAUGAAAAUUCUGGAUUUAAAAUGGCACAGACUUUGGUAUUCGAGAGGUCGCAAGGCUCCAGAGGCCAUUCAGGUCAAGGUCAGAGUCGCGGCGGCCCUGCUCAAACUCGAGGUCAUCAUGGCCCUGCUCAAAGUCAACGUCAUAGCCCUUCUCUAAGUCAGGCUCACCACAGUCCUGGUCGAGGUCAAGAUCAUGAUAGAAAGGAUUCAUUUGAAGGUUCCCAUCCUAAAAUACAGGGUGGUACUGUUGGGAGAGGGCGAGGAGAGAGUGAUGUACGAGAUCGUGGCAUGGGCAACAGGGGAAGAAGAAGACAUGGGAGUGGUGGUGGACGCAGGGACAAUCGGCAAGAAAAUGCUCCACCAAUGCAACAUGCCGGUUCAAACCGUGACUUCCAAGGCAGAGAUCAUAAAAGAGGAAAUGCUAACACAUCGGAGGAUCGUCGACAUGUUACUUUUGCUGAGGAAGGUGGACGGCGGUCCAGUGAUACAGGAGUUGAAUACCAGCAUCCAGACAGAGGAAGGUCAAGAAAUGAACCAGAGCCUCGUAAGACUGGUCAUGGUGGCUUGAUUCACUUGCCAACUGGUCUCGGUGCCUCUGAACCAGAGAGACCCAGCUCGCCAAAGGAUGUGCAAAUCAGGAGUCCGUACGGCCGUGGAAGAGGUCGCGGCAGAAUCAGUACAAGGGCCCUUUAUGAUCCGCAUAACCCACAAGGACCCAAACAAUCGGUAAUGCCUGGACAAUAUGGCCAUCCCAACCCUGGCCUACAGUUCAGAGAUCCAUAUGAACAGAGUCACUUCCAACCAAGUGGUCAUCAACCAGAUGCCUACAUGAACUACCAUGGACGAGUCCCUCCAAGUUUUGAUUAUCAGUAUAUGCAAGGGCAGCAAAACUACAUGCCUCCAGGUCCAUAUGGUACAAGUGAAGGUCCUUAUUUCACCCAUCCAGGCAUGCCAGGACGAGUAUACUAUGAUGACAGGCAGCUGCAAGAUUAUUCUUACAACCUCGAUCAAGGUAGCAGCUGUGGUAUUCAAGUCAAAGACGGGCGAGGUAGCAAGCAUUCUGAACUGAUCCUCAGAGAGAUAGCCAGGUUGGAUCAGCAGCUAAAUUCAGUGAUUGCUAGGAGACCAAGCAGAGAAUCGCUGCAAGUCAUGGCUGCCCUGAGGAGCGAAAUGCAGAGAAAGAGUGAGGAGUUGAUACUAACCGACCCACAGUAUGCUAAUGAACAUAACAUCGAACAUCACUUGUGGAAGACGGUCUAUUAUCAUGUGGUUGAGAUGUUUAGGAAACAGCUCAGUGAAGAGAAAGAGGACAGAGAAACCAAACAACAGCUAUUACAUAUUUUGGAGGAGGGCGUCCAGUUUUAUGAACCUCUCCUAAAGAAACUCCAGUCCCGGUUCCAAUUCAGUUUAGAAGAUUUCCUCGACACCAACAAACUUCUCCCAAAAAUCAUUGAUUCUAAUGUCAAACUUGCCACGCUAAGUUGCCAGCGUUCCAUGAUCAGCCUUGGAGAUCUUGCCAGGUAUAAGGAGCAAGUGAACGACACAGCCAGCUAUGGUAAAGCCAGGAGUUGGUACCUGAAGGCACACCAAUUGGCGCCCAAGAAUGGCCGUCCAUAUAACCAGCUGGCUAUCUUGGCCGUUUAUACUAGACGAAAGUUAGAUGCUGUUUACUAUUACAUAAGAAGCUUAUCUGCUACAAAUCCUUUUACAACAGCACGGGAAGGUUUGACGUCAUUAUUUGACGAAGCAAGACGAAAGGCUGAAGCUGGUGAAAAGAAGAGAUUGGCUGAUCGUCCACAGCGCCCCCAAAAAUCAAAAGACGCUCAUUUGGAUUCGCACAGGAUUGAAAUCUGGGUAUCGUCAGAUGGUUCAAAAUGCCAGGACGAGGUCGGACACGACGACAGUGAUAUUGACGAAGACCUCAUCAAGAUGUCCCCUGUAGAGCUCAACAAAAGAUUCGUGCUCAGCUUCCUACAAGUCCAUGGCAAACUGUUUUCUAAAAUUGGGAUGGAGAUGUAUCCUGAUGCAUGUGGCAAGAUGUUACACGAGUUCCGAGCUCUGCUGCAGCACUCGCCGUCCCCAGUUGGUAGUACCAGAUUACUACAACUCAUGGUCAUUAAUAUGUUCCAGAUAGAGAACUUGGCUCUAAAAGGUACUCGGCCCGAUAAUGAACACCGGUCGCUAUUACAAGAACAUGCCAUCCAGCUUGGGUUGGACAUCUUCAGUCUCCUGGUUGAACGAUGCGUGGAACUGUUCAAGGAGCACCUCGCCUCCCCCGAAUACCCCAAGACCAUGUUCAGUGAAGAUCUCCAUGCGAUCUACCCCAGCGUCAAGGUGUGGUGUGACUGGAUGAGCUGUCAUGCCCCGGUGUGGAACCCUCCUCCCAUGAGGGAUGAGGACUAUGGCCUGAGUGGUCUCAGUGUUUGGCAGAAUAUCUGUGACUUGUGCAAUAUUUUGAAAGAUAUUGAUAUCUCCCAUGUGAAGCUCUACAAUGACAAGAAAGACAGCUGUGAUCCAGUAAUCCUUCAUGAAGACUCAAUGAUGGCCGGAUUUAUCCCUCUCCUAUCUAUGCCACAGAACCCGACCUUUGUCCACAACACCGUUGAUAAGGACAUUGCAAAAGACUGUCUGAGAAUCGAAAAGUUACAAUACUUUGGAGACUAUCUUAGUGGUAUUGAACCUCAAGUGUUAGAUUAUACGGUGGAGAGGCAAAUGUACGUGACUGUUUUGAUGGACAUGGUGUCUGAGUCUGAAGAGGAGUCAUCGGAUACUGGAACGACUCAGUCAGAGGAUUCUGAUGAAGAUGAUGACGAUGUGAUAAUCGAGAGGUCAUUUGAAGAGGAGGCUGAAGGCCACGUGAAAGAAUUACGAGCCAAGAAAGCCGAACUGGAGAAAAGGGUAGAAGAAAAUCAGAAACACAAGGACAGCAUUCAGGCCAUUCUCGACAAUGAAAAAUCAAACAAGCCUAUCGUGUUGGAGAUCAAUCCUGUCAAUUUGGUGCCUGAUACGAACUGUUUUAUCAAUCAUUUGGAUGGUAUCAAGAGGCUGGUGCAGUGUAAUAAGUUUACAGUCAUAGUGCCUCUCGUUGUGAUCAGUGAAUUGGACGGUCUAGCCAAGGGUAGCAAGGUGAACUCCACUGAAUCGCAAGAGCAUGCAGACAUGGUGACACGAGGUGCUGUGGCCUCGAUUGACUACCUGGAGGAGGAAUUUGCCAAGAAGAACCCCAACUUGAAAGCUCUGACCUCGAAAGGGACGGAGAUGGAGACAAUAUCAUACAGAAGUGAAACAACUGAUAGACAGGAUUCAAAUGAUGACUUAAUUCUAUCCUGCUGUUUGCAUUAUGCACAAGACCGGCCAAGCGAAUACAUGAGGAGAGACAAGAAUUCACCUCUAAAGUUGUACAGAGAUGUUGUCCUCCUGACAGACGAUCGCAACCUGUGUCUGAAAGCGUUUGCAAGAAUUGUCCCCGUUAAGGAUUUGCCAUCAUUUCUCAAGUGGUCCAAGACGGGGUGAUGAUGGAAGAACUGUCUGAUAAAUGGUUGAGAGCCAAUGUAAGAGUUCGACGCCUGCUCUAGGGGGUGACCAAUUCUGGUCCGAAUAAAAGGCAGUGUUUCUUGCCGCUUGUAAUGCUAGUGUAGGAAGUGGUCGGUGAAUUUGGAAAUCACUGCUACAUGUAGAAGACAUGGUGCUAUGAGUUCGUCUCUCAGUCUCUAGGUUGUACAGUUGAUUCAUUUCCUUUUUCAGCUGUUUGAUUAUCAAAACCAACUGUCCCUUAACAGGUGGCAUUUUGUGGCAUUUUGUGGCAUUUGAAGAAGUCAAGUGGUAUGAAGAUGCCUUCAACUACUGUACUUUUAAAAGGGGAAUGUCUAGAGGUACCAGCAGUGCUGGGUGAGCACCAAUGAUAAUUAGCAAUCUCCUGAAUGGAGUUUGUCCACAUUUAAACAAUGCUCUGGACAGAUUGUGUACAUUGACAUAAAAACUAUUUGCAUACCAUGUUUCAUCACCCUGGCAUGUGUUAUCAUUCCCUGCCUGCCAUAUUAAAUUUGUAUUUCGAAAAGGCAAAUGUUAGCAUAUUAAAUUUGUAUUUCGAAAAGGCAAAUGUUAACAAAAUUAACGGUGACCUGGCCUUGAAAGUUGUUACUGAUAGUGCAGGAAUUCUGUAAGCACCUACUCUCUCUAUCAGGAGAAACCGGUUAGCUGUGUCCCCAUUUUCACCCACUUGAUUUUGCAAUCAGGGGUUUGGAAUGUGGAAAAUUUGAAUUACGAAUCUGAGAUUGUAAUUUGGCAGCACCUGUCAGUUUCAGGCCAAGCAAAGAUAAAGUUUGUUCGCUGGCAUGGAGCUGCCACUUUUUUGUAUAGAGAAAAGUUUAUGAAAAUAAUAAUCUCUGUGUGUUUUACUUUUAAAGUUCGAGGAUUUUUUUUAAAUAGAUUAACUUGCACUUUCAAGUGUGCAAUCAUAUUUCAGUCGUUCAAACAAAGCUUUAAAAAAGUAUUGUUUUUUUAAUAACACUCAAACGCUGUGGAUCAGCAUAUGUGCUACAUGUACUUAUAUAUAUUUAUACUGAAGAUUGAAAUUUGAUUGAGUUCUAUGGCUUUGGUGGAUGUUUCUGUUGUACAAUUCAGUUUCUGGCCCUCCUCAAGUUGAUCCCGAAUUCUGAAAAAGACCUAGAUAUGGUUUACCAAAACCAUGAUCAAUUGCUUGACAUCCGACUUUGCCUUAAAUUGCAAGCAAACUAGAAUAUAACCUUGCCUAAAAUCAACAAUGAUUUGAUCUGGCCUCACUGUUCGGUGUUCAUGUAAAGAUCAACUUCAGGUUUUCCAGAAUGAAGUAACCUGGGUACUGAACACUGUCAAAUUCUUCCUGUAAUAUUUGUGCAUGGCCCUGUUCAAGAUGAUAACCUAGCUGCAUUGACAUGUGUAUCAAUUUUCUCAAAGGUUGUAAAUUACUUUCGUUUAAUGGAAGUGUGCUAGUAUUUUUCUCUGCAGGGUUCCCACGCAGUCGGGAAUUCGGGAAAAAGUCGGGAAUCUAAAAAAUACCUUUCCCGACCGGGAAAAAAUUCGGGGAUUUUUUUGCCAGAAAAGGGUGGGAACCCUGUCUCUGGUCUCGGUAGUUUUGUAGUAUUUUGUUAACGAACUGUGAUUUUAGAUAAUGCAUGUAUAGAUAGUAUGAUUGAACAUCUUAUGUGGUUUUAAAUUAAAUCUUAAUUUAAGUGUUAAGGUAGGGCUCUAAUUUGCAAAUUAGCAAUCUCAGUAUUUGCCAGCUAAACCUCUACUUUCUGUGUAUACUGUACAUUUCUGACUUGUUGAUUUUCAAUGAAUCCUGUACCAAUACAUGUAGGCCUACAUGUAGAUAUGGAAAAGAAGUCCCGACAGUAAUGUUACAGAGGUGAACUGCUUUGCUUUCCUGGUGCUUUUCCUUUGAAAUGUGUCUGUUCUACCAAACAAUGAUACUCAAAAUCAAAUAGUACUACUUGCCUGCCGUUACAUGCAAGUUUCCGGCCUGAAUAUAUUAAAACGGUUGUAUUUUGUGAGUAAACUGGUACAUUUUAAAUGUUUUCCGGUGGUUAGUUGUAUUCAUGUUGUUGUUAGCGCAUUUUUAGCAUUGCAUUAUUAACAUUGUACAGAAUGACUUAAUUGAAUGGUUAAAUGUGGUAGUUAAUUGUUUUAGUUUCAGUAUCUACUCCUGUCAUCAUAUCAGUUCAUAGUGCCGGGCCGUAUAUAUUGUGUAUGGAAAAAAUCUUAAUUUCCUAAGCCCAUACAGAGUCAUCCUUCAACCAUAUCUGCUUUUUUAAACAAAAACGGCCCCCAAAGCUCUUGUUUAAACUUGUCACACACCUGCAUUUUAAAAUACCUUGGGUAUGUUCACUUCCUGAAACAAUCUGUAACUUGACAGAUAAUUAGGACAUCCUUUCCAUGUUGCAAUUAUCAGCAUGUCAUAGUAGUUCAUAUCAAUGGUCCUAACGAUUAUCUUGACAAUUCUGUAACCCUGGAUGUAUCAGUGUGCAUUUUAUAUUCGCAUUUUUUAACUAUUACAGAUUAGAAAAUCUAUGGCUGCAAAAGAGAAAUUCUAAUUGAAAUUACCAUAACUGGGUUGUCAAAUUGCUCAUCUAAGAGUACAGGCAAAAGAUGCAGUUUCACAAAACAGCGAAAUGAAAUAGCCACUUGAUAUAUUUUGGGUUUACAGUACAUGUAAAUGUUUUCUUAGGAGCCAGAACAUUGAUAUCAUCCUGAUUUCUUCAGGAUGUUGUAAUAUAAAACUGAACGAUACUGGAAUGUUUUAAAUUUGUUAGUUCUUCACUUAUACGUGGUAGUGCUAGUCUUGAGGUUUUUUAAAGUAGGUUUAAAGCAGUGUUGAACAAGUCAUACAAUUUUUGAUGUGUACCAGUGUUGCCAUCUUCAGGGCUUGAACUUCUCAAAGGCAACAGAUGCCUCUGUGCCCCCCUCCCCCAUGUGCCUUGGUGCCCUGAAAGUUUCUUCCUUUACAAAGGCACCUUUUUCUUCAGUAACUUCCAUCAAGCAAGCCCUUUUUCUUAAGACUGGAAAAAGUGACUUUUUUCUCUUUCAAAGUCACAACAAAAUUAUUCACUGGUCACAUGAUAUGAAUUGGAUUAUUUUGUGUAGCCCCGUUUGAAAAGUAGGUGAACUGCUGAUAUCAAUGUAAAUACAUUACCUAAUAAACUGUUCCGUUCAGAACUGUUAGUGUGUUCAUGCAAAUAACAAUAUUGAAUAAAGGAAUUUUUUAAUUUAA